AUGCUCGCCUCUGACUAUUCGCCUGUCUUACUCAUCGACUCUCCGACCAAGCGGACAUAUCGUCCGUAUCGAAGGCGAACUCUCGGGGCGGUGAAGGACGAAAAAGCGAUGUUUUUCUACCCUCUUGGUUCUCCCGCCCACUUGGAGGAAAACGUUUUAGACGGAACAAAGCAAGAACGAUCCUCUAUCAACCCAGGCGUAUCCUCCAAGGAUUAUUCUUGGAUUAGAACCUCUGGUUCUCCCCCUGGAUCCUCCCCCAAAAAACAGGAUCGUCAAUGGAUCGAUCUCGCACCGCCUCUGCCCGGACGGAGCUGGUUCUCGAUCAAAAGGAACGAAGGGGAGUUCGAAAUCAACCUAACAAGCAUCACACCUUCACCUUUGAUCCGUGGUAGAAUUUCCGCUUGGGUUAAAUCAAGACCCUCAACUCCCUCACUUUGA